CUGGACACCAUUAGAACCCUACUUGCAGAUCCACAUUCCCGUUCCGAAAGAAAGUGGAAGUUGCUAAGUUUGUUCACGGUAAGAAAACCCGAAGAAGCCGCGAAAUGCAAAGCAAAUGGUGGGAUCGGAUACGUCGACUUUGAUUGGGCUUGUGGUGAUCAGUCGGACGGCUCACUUGUUGUGGUCGGUAUGGUCCAAUACACUUCCAGCAAAAUUGAUGCCACGAGCAGUAGAUCCACCCUGGCGGACGAUGUCAAACACAAACUGGAGAGCGAAUGGUCCGCUUUGGAGGAACUCCUCACAACUGGUCACAGUUACAACCAGCAGGGUACAGAUUUAAUGAUAAGCUGGAAGCCGGAUGAAGAUCAUAAUAUCAUCGUAAAGGAAACUACUCACAGGGCUGCUGAAAAUUUGUCGACAGCCCACGACAGGUUUUGCCCCUCUUGGUGGUCAUCAGGUGAGCGUAGAUCCCCAGUUUCCGUGAACCUUAUGUUCCACCUGAACCCAAAUUGGACUAAUCUCGACAAAUGCACUCAUUUGCAGAUCAGUUUGGCUCUCACGGGGGACUCAACUGAAUCUCUCGUUUAUGGUUUUCAUCAACUAAAUGUGCUGCACACAGGCCACAUCAUGUUUCAGUUGGUCAUAUAUUUGAGAUAUUGCACACAAAUUCCACCUCAUUUCAUCCAGUCUUGUUUUGUGGCAAGUCUCACCAACUACCACCCUAGAAACGAUGUUCACAAUGAUACGUUGUGUUCUCGAAUUCGACAGCGGCUCACACCCUUAGCCGUAUCGGGGCAUAAACUUGGGACGUCUGACGUGCGUGGGGAAAGAUAUGUGGAUAGCGCAACUGUACAAUUACCCUGCAGAAAAACAGGAACAAAAGAGGCGAUGUUGAGUGCGCAGGAAUGCCUGAUUCCAAACAUCCGUGGUCUUUGUUGUAUAUGUAAACUAGAUCAGAAAUCCCGCGCUUCUAAUCGAUUUAUUUACGAAUUGACCUUAUCAGACGAACCUGCUAUCCAGGAUAUGGAUCCGAAGCAUCUGAUCGGAAAAUUGAACCAGUUACACAAAAACAUGCAUUUCUCCGGGAGAAGGAGGUUAUCAAAAAUAUCCGAUGACGCUGUUCUUGCUCUGAGGGAGAGCUAUACGCAAUUUGACGUCAACUGUCCCAAGGACUACAACACAUUCAGCUAUUUCGCUCGAGGUUUGCCCAUUGAACAAUCCGUCAAAGCUGUUGUGUGUAUGUUCGUUCGUCUGAAGUUCGUGGAGCACUGGAGGAUACCAAGUUCCACAUUGGUCCGAUUCGUAUUAGCUAUACAGAGGAGUUAUCGCAACCCUUCCUACCAUAAUUGGACUCAUGCUUUCUGUGUCGGUCACUUUGCAUACUUGUGUAUGGUCAACGCAGAGCAAAGAAUACACGAAUUCCUAAGUCCGCUAGAGUUACUGGCAUUACUGGUCGGCGCCCUUUGUCACGAUAUUGAUCACAGAGGACUAAACAACUCCUUCCAGCAACUGAUCAAUUCACCACUCUCCUCUCUUUAUGGUAUGUACGGCUCGGUUCUUGAGCGUCAUCACGUGGAACAUACGAUGCAAAUCAUCCAGACCGCAAACUGUAAUAUCUUCUGUAAUCUGUCACCCGAGGACGAGAAACGAGCCUUACAGUUGGUACGCCACGUUAUUUUGGCAACGGACUUGGAAGCUCAUAUGAAGCUCAUACCAAAAUUACGUCAAAUGUCUCGUGACGGAUAUGACUCAUCAAGUGAGGAACAUAGGCACAUGUUGCUGUCGUUAGUUGCUACGGCGAGCGACCUGAGCGAUCAGUGCAAAUCUUGGUUCAACAGUCGCAAGGCCGCAAGUCUCAUCUACGAUGAAUUUUUUCACCAGGGGAAACUUGAGCGAUUAGUUGGAGAGGAACCACCAUUCUAUAUGGAUCCGCAAAAAGUUUGCAUUCCUGAGAGUCAGGUUGUUUUCCUCGAUUCCAUCGUAUUACCAUGCUUUCAAACACUUUCAAAGUUACUUCCUGAAUGCUGCGAGGCAGUGCACGCGAUUCAGGCCAAUCGGCGUAAAUGGAAGCAUUUGACGAAGCUGGUGUCCACAAACCAACUUCCCGACUAUUCAACUGAACGAUUGUUUUCCGGCGAAUACGAUGCUAUUGCAAUGCCCAAGUAG